UUUAUCCACACAGAGAGAAAACACUGAUCUGAUCAGUUCAAAGUUAUUCAUCUUGGUUUACAGCUGAAAUGAUUGCACACUUGUAACCACACAGAGGAGGAAGUAUAAGAUGAAGACGAGGAGUGGGCGAGAGCUGAGAGGAGGUGUACGAGUCCAGGAAGAGGAAGCUCCUUCUUGGAAAAAAACGGGAAGAAAGAGGCACCGCUGUCAGCACUGUAACAAAGCUUUCACUACAUACCGUUAUCUUAAAUACCACCACCUACGCAUUCACACUGGAGAAAAGCCGUACGAGUGUGAGCAUUGUGACAAAGCUUUCACUAUGAAGAGUUAUCUUAAAUGUCACCAACGCAUUCACACUGGAGAAAAGCCGUACGAGUGUGAGCAUUGUGACAAAGCUUUCACUAUAAAGAGUUAUCUUAAACGUCACCAACGCAGACACACUGGAGAAAAGCCGUAUGAGUGUGAGCAUUGUGACAAAGCUUUCACUACAGGCCGUUAUCUUAAAUACCACCUGCGCAUUCACACUGGAGAAAAGCCAUACGAGUGUGAGCAAUGUGACAAAGCUUUCACUACAGGCCGUUAUCUUAAAUACCACCUGCGCAUUCACACUGGAGAAAAGCCGCACGAGUGUGAGCAAUGUGGGGAAGCCUUUGCUCAACAGAAAGGUCUAAAAAGACACCAACGUAUUCACACUGGAGAGAAGCCGCACAGGUGUGACGAGUGUGGGAAAGCUUUCACUACGAACAGUAAUCUAAAACAGCACCGACACAGUCACACUGGAAAGAAGCCAUUCAGCUGUGACCAAUGUGGGAAUACUUUCAGAAACGACAGUAAUCUAAAAGUGCACCAACGCAUUCACACUGGAGAGAAGCCAUUCAGCUGUGACCUAUGUGGGAGAACUUUCGCUCAAUACAGUCACCUAAAAAGCCACAGACGCAUUCACACUGGAGAGAAGCCGUACUGGUGUGCGCACUGUGGGGAAGCUUUCACUCAAGACGUUACUCUAAAAAGACACCAACUCACUCACACCAGAGUGAAGCCGUACAGGUGUGAGCAGUGUGGGACAACUUUCACUCAAGACAGUUCUCUAAAAAGACACCAACGUAUUCAUACUGGAGAGAAGCCGUACAGUUGUGAGCAGUGUGGGGAAGCUUUCACUGAGGGCAGUUCCUUAAAAUACCACCACGCAGUCACUGAACAUAAUACUGAACAUGUUUUAUAGACUGUUUAGCAGUGUCCCCCUGCCUUCUCUCCACGCCUGUAAUAACAGUGUUGUUCCAUCCUGAGUUUCUCCACAAACUGAGAGCUACCAACUGUUAUUUUAGAAUCAGCAUAUAUGCCAUUAGCUGCCCACGUGACCAAAUUUAUUGAAUGUUAUUUUGAAGCAUAUGGGUGGGGUUGUUGCAUCUGACCAUUUUAUUAGUGUUUUUUUUAAUAUAUACAUUGUUAGUAGGUUA